ACCGGUGGAUUUAUGACAGGCUGGAUGAGGUAAAAAAAAAAAAAAAAAAAAAAAAUGAAGAUUCUGAUGGUGUUUGACUUUGACCACACUGUCGUUGAUGACAACAGUGACACCUGGGUGAUCAGAUGCCUUCCAAGUCAGACUCUUCCUGACUCUGUGAAGAAUUCUUACAGAAAAGGUCGCUGGACAGAGUUUAUGGGCCGGGUGAUGAGCUACAUGGGAGACCAGGAGGUGAGCCCCGACAGGGUCCGCAGUGUGAUGGAGACCAUCCCCUUCACGCCUGGAAUGACAGACGUGCUAACAUUUAUAUCAGAGAAUAAAAGCAGCAUUGACUGCAUAGUCAUCUCUGACUCCAACACCUUGUUCAUAGACUGGAUCCUUCAGGCAGCGGGACUCCAGGCAGCUGUCGACCAGAUUUUCACCAACCCGGCUAAGUUCAAUGAGUCUGGGUACAUGGAGGUACAGAGCUAUCAUUCUCAUGACUGCGAUCGAUGCCCUAUCAACCUCUGCAAGAAAAAAGUCCUGGAACUUUACCUGUCUCAGCAGUCUGACAGAGGUGUGGGAUAUAAGCAGAUCUUUUACGUGGGAGAUGGUGGGAAUGAUCUCUGCCCUACUUCUUGUCUGAGAGGCCACGAUGUUGUGAUGCCCAGGAAGGGGUACACUUUGGAGAAACUGCUUGCCAAACUGGAAGGUCAGGAAGGUGAUGCUUCUCUAAAGUCUGGGGUCAUUGCCUGGAGCAGUGGCACUGAGAUCCUGCAGGAGCUGAAAACGAGUAUGCAGUCAUAGCCACAGCCAGAGGAGUGAUUCACUUUUUGGAUGUAAGUGAGAUAUUUGCACUUAGUGCAGAUUUUGAUCCUGUAUUGUAGAAGAGACAACAUACUUUGGUGUUUUUUUCACAUUGUCAUUACAGUAUUUAUAAUUGAAAGACUUUAAGAUGGAUGAUACAACUAUUUACAUUUAUUUACAAAUCUCUGAAAAUUACUAAUUCAUCUGCAAGGAGUUUUACCCUAAUAGUAACAACUCACAAAUUAUGGAUGGACUGUCCUAACCCUUUGAUUCUAAAGCAGUUUCUGGGCAUUAUUUGCUCCUGUCAUGUUUUUACUCACCGUGAGCAUUUUUCUUUGCAAUAUAGAAUCCUGCUCCUUCAUGGAGACAGCAGUCCUCCAUUCAGCAUAACAGAAUUAAAAUGGAAUUAGUCAUAAAAAAUAUAAGGUUAGUUACUUUUCUUGGUUUAUUUUACGGAAUUAAAAAAAUCCCAGGGGUGUCACCAAUUCUUAAAAACAAAAUGUUGCCUAUACUUACUAAAGAUAUUUUACUACCUAGAUUUUAAAUUUGUUUACAUACUUGUCUCCUAUUUGCUCUUUGUAAACAACCUGCUGUCAGGCCCAGUUCUUUCUGUUUUCACAGACAAACCAUUUGAUAAAUGGUGUAAUUUCUGGUGAUUUAGAAAAAAAAAGUAUUAUUUUCUUUGAUUAUUUUGAAAGAUAACAUACCUGUCAUAUUCAUCCUUGGGUUUUGGAGUACAAAGGGCUAAUUUGUCCCUCAUCUGAUGUGUUUCUCAAUGGAAACUUGUGAGACUGAUCAAAAUACAUAAAUAUCACAACAAUAUUUCCAUGUGCAGUGUAUGUUGCUAGCCCAAGAUUCCAUUGAAGUUAUAUUUAGUUUAGUAUUUAAGAUCUCAGUUGUUAUGUGAGGCCUGAACAGGGGAGGUAGCAAGUUAACAGGAUCUGAUGAAGUGAAACUCAUGGAGAUCUUGACUUUCCAUAAACAGGGUUGACAGAAAAAUCUAUUAGGGACAGUAGGCUGAAUCAAAAGGCAGUAUAAUGGCAUCUGGUGUGCUAAAAUGUAUAGUCAUGGACAUAUAGUCAUGGCAGUAAUUAUUAUACCACUCUUGUUUUCUUCAAUUUCUUGUUCAUUUUAGUGCCUGGUACAACUAAAGGUUGUUUGGACAAAUAUAAUGAUAACAAAAACAGCUCAUAGGAGUUUCAUUUAAGAGCUAAAAUCUCGCCAUUUUCCAUGGUUUUCUUGAUAACCAAAAUCAUUUAAGUUCUUACAUCAAUAGCUAUGGUAUUGUACUGCCAAAAACAGUGUUUUUAGACAUUCCAUGUUUUCUUUUCUGUCUGUUUUAGUCACAUGAUACACACAGGAGUUAGUACUUGAUUGCAUAACCAUUGUUUCUGAUGACUGCAGCCAUGCAUCUUGUCAUGCUCUCCACCAGCUUCUGACAUUGUUCUGCUGUCACAGCAGCCCAUUCCUGUUGCACAAAUUAAAACAAAUCUGCUUUGUUUUUGGGCAAAGGUGGUCGAAUAAUAUUUUCCAUGUCUGUAUAUCAUUCAUUGCAACAUUCACUCGGUUGUGUGAAAAUGCUGCUGCUGCCUUUUAUAUAGGAUGAACACAUUUUGAGUCAUUGUUUGAAGGCACAAAGUGUCACAUUUCAAACAGUGUAAACCAUUUCAGUUUACCAAUGUGACAACAACAGGAGCAGGAGCAGCAAUUGUUCCCUUUGUAAUAAGAGUACAUACAAAGUAAAAUGAUAGUUCCUUUUCUUAUCCUCUUUUUUAAUCAUAAGAUUCAUAAGGUCAGUCACUACAUGCUGCACACUGUUCUCACCAUAAGAGUUCAAUGAACAAAAUGUCUUCUAAGCUUUUUUUUUUUAAUUAAAAAGGGACAUACAUUAGGGUGUAAAAAUGUUCUAAGAUUUUGAAAUACUUUAAGAGCAAGAUAGAAAGAUUGAUGCUGCUUUCAUAUCUGCAUACAUAAUAUAAAGCUAAAGCCAGCUGCUACUUGUAUUAGCAUUAGAACUUGAAACAUGGGAAAAUGUCUAGCUUUCAUCCAGUUAAACUUUAUUAAAAAGUGCAGCUGAUUCAGUCAUUGCCUCUCUGAUGCACCAAAGUGCACAGAAUUUUAAUUUUUUUACAGAAUCCGCUGCAAAGUGUUUAUUUUUGCUGAAAAAUUUAAAGUAAUAUGUACAGUAAAGGGAUUUUGAAGUUUAAAUUGGGUUAUUUUUCUUGACUGAAUAGUUCAUCACAUGUGAUGAGUUAAAGGACUGCCCUGAAGAUGAAAAUUCUACGUUGUUUGGCUUUGAUAAAUUUUAGCCAUUUAAAAACAAACAAAAAAUCAUAAUAUGCCUUUCAAACCUGUUGUCAGUUUUUGUGGUUCAGAUGGUAAAUGUGCUUUUAAGUUAGUUAUCACCUCAGCUGUGCUUGCAAAGCCGUUGGAGAGCACUUCAACUAACUUAUACAAUUUACACUAUCAGUCAUCCAAAAACACUUGACCUUUUAAUGUGCUGCCAGUAUAUUUUUAAUUGCACUAGACUUUUUUUUUUUUUUACAGUAGACAUUUUAACUUGACAUUGCAGGAGAAGCACAGGCAAUACUGAUGGCAGUAUGUUGUGUUCCAUUCAAGUGUCCCAGGAAGUGUAAUAGGACCUUGAAACUAAAGCAGCUAAAUGAAACCCAGCCAUCCUUCACUGUACAGUAUUAAUCACAGCUGUGCUUUUCCAACAUGUUUGAAUGUCUUCAGUGGAAAAGGCAUAUGUAAUUUUAGAUUAAUGGCUAUUGCCAGUAUUUUUAUAUUUUGCAGCUCUACAUUAACUUAUCUCAGAUGAAUAACAAGCUAAACAGGGCAGUAGAAAUUAAACGCUGAAUUUCCACAACUGAAAUAUUUUUCUUGUUUUCAAAGAUUUCAAAUUAUAUGGCUAAAUAAUAUGUCAAAGUUGGUGUUUACGUGCUGUUUAUUGGAAUAGAAAAGUGUGGACAUUUGAAAUUAUUGUUUGUUUUUCUUAUGUUGUGUACUUAAUGUGUACUGUUUUGUGGCUGUGAACAUCUCUCUCCUCCAAUGAUGUUAACUGUUUUACAUGUCAGGUCUAAUUUUUUAAAGUCCCACCUGUGUCCCAUUCACUUAUAUAU